CCCCGGCAGGUGGUGGUUGGCAGCGAUAAAUCGUUCACGUACGACUACGUGUUCGACCCCUCGGUGGAGCAGGAGGAAGUGUUCAACACGGCGGGCGCCCCCCUCGUACGAGGCAUCUUCAAAGGGUAUAAUGCCACUGUUUUAGCCUACGGACAGACGGGAUCUGGAAAAACAUACUCCAUGGGAGGUACCUACACCGCCAACCAAGAGCAUGAGCCGAACGUGGGGGUCAUCCCUCGGGUAAUCCAACUGCUGUUUAAGGAGAAGGAGCAAAGGCAGGAUUGGGAAUUCGUCCUCAAAGUUUCUUAUCUAGAGAUCUACAAUGAGGACAUUCUGGACCUGCUGUGCUCCUCAAGAGAACGGUCUUCUCAAAUCAGUAUCCGUGAAGAUCCGAAAGAAGGCAUAAAGAUUGUAGGGUUAACAGAAAGAAGUGUCAGCUGUGCCCAAGACACUGUAUCCUGCCUAGAGCAAGGCAACAAUUCCAGAACGGUGGCCUCCACGGCGAUGAACUCCCAGUCCUCACGGUCCCAUGCCAUCUUCACCAUUUGCAUUGACCAGAAGAAGAAAAACGACAAGAACAGCAGCUUUCACUCCAAGUUACACCUGGUUGAUCUUGCUGGUUCUGAGAGACAGAAGAAGACCAAGGCUGAGGGAGACCGACUGAAAGAAGGCAUCAACAUCAACAGAGGUCUCCUCUGCCUGGGGAAUGUAAUUAGUGCUCUUGGUGAUGAAAAUAAAAAAAGUGGGUUUGUGCCCUACAGAGACUCAAAGUUAACAAGACUGCUGCAAGAUUCCCUGGGAGGCAACAGCCACACUCUCAUGAUUGCCUGCGUCAGCCCAGCGGAUUCCAACCUAGAAGAGACUCUAAAUACUUUGCGUUAUGCUGACAGAGCAAGAAAAAUAAAAAAUAAACCAAUCGUCAACCUUGAUCCCCAGGCAGCCGAGUUGCAUAAUCUGAAGCAGCAGGUACAACAGCUACAGGUGUUACUGCUGCAGGCCCACGGAGGGACCCUCCCGAUGGCGAUCAAUAGUACGGCACCUUCAGAGAAUCUUCAGUCCCUGAUGGAGAAGAACCAGCUGCUGACGGAGGAGAAUCGAAAGCUGAGCCGAGGGCUGAGCGAGGCUGCUGGUCAGACAGCACAGAUGUUGGAGAGGAUUAUUCUGACAGAGCAAGAAAAUGAGAAGAUGAACGCUAAACUAGAGCAACUUCAGCAACACGCUGUAUGCAAGCUCGAUCUGCAGAAGCUGGUAGAGACUGUGGAAGACGAGGAACUAAAAGCGGAUGUGGAGGUGAUUCGCAAUCUGCAGCAAGUGUUGGCUCAGCUGCAGAGUGAAAAUGCUGCCACAACGGAAGCUGCUGCAGAGAUGGCAAACUCUGAACAGGAUGGUACAGCUGCAGCGGAAAUGGGCCAGGAUGCCAAGAGAUCCUCGGAUGACUUCAGCACCCAACACGCCCUCCGGCAGGCACAGAUGUCCAAAGAGCUGCUUGAACUGAAUAAAGUCCUGGCUCUGAAAGAAGCACUUGCCAAAAAAAUGACCCAGAAUGAUAGUCAGCUGGAGCCCAUUCAGUCCCAAUACCAGACUAAUAUCAAGGAUCUGGAAUCGGAGGUCAGCAGUCUGCAGAAAGAAAAGGAGGAGCUGAUCCUGGCUCUGCAGGCGGCAAAGAAGGACGUCAACCAAGCCAAGCUAAGUGAGCGACGUCGGAAAAGACUUCAGGAGCUGGAAGGGCAAAUUAAUGAGCUGAAGAAAAAGCUGAAUGAGCAGUCAAAGCUCUUAAAGCUGAAAGAAUCUACAGAGCGCACUGUCUCCAAACUGCACCAGGAGAUCAGGGAAAUGAAAACCCAGAGGGUACAGCUGAUGCGCCAGAUGAAAGAGGAUGCUGAGAAAUUCAGGCAGUGGAAACAGCAGAAGGACAAGGAAGUCAUCCAGCUGAAAGAACGGGAUCGCAAGAGACAGUAUGAGAUGCUGAAGCUGGAACGAGAUUUCCAGAAGCAGGCCAAUGUACUUCGGCGCAAAACGGAAGAGGCGGCAGCUGCUAACAAGCGCCUGAAGGAUGCUCUGCAGAAACAACGAGAGGCUGCAGAUAAACGCAAGGAAAGUCAAAGCCGGGGAAUGGAAGGAGUCGCUGCGCGAGUAAAGAGCUGGCUUGCAAACGAGGUAGAGGUUCUCGUUAGCACCGAAGAGGCUCGACGGCACCUCGCAGACCUUCUGGAGGACAGAAAGAUCUUGGCACAGGAACUCCUUCAGCUUAAGGAGAAGAAGGAGGCUGGGGAAAACCCACCUCUAAAGCUCCGGAGACGCACCUACUCCCUCGCGGAUUUUCAGGCGUCAGAGGUGGACAUUUCCCUAUCGAAGCAGAUAGAAAGCCUGGAAACGGAGAUGGGGCUCAGGAGCGCCCAGAUAGCAGAUCUGCAGCAGAAACUUUUAGAUGCAGACAAUGGAGAUCGUGCGAAACAGCGUUGGGACAACAUUGCGACCAUUCUCGAGGCGAAAUGUGCUUUGAAAUAUCUCCUCGGAGAGCUGGUCUCCUCCAAAGUGCAGGAAAGCAAGCUGGAGAGCAGCCUGCAGCAGAGCAAAGCCAGCUGUGCAGACAUGCAGAAGAUGUUGACUGAAGAGCGAAAUCACGUAACGGAGAUGGAGGCCGAGUUCCAAAAUCAGCUUUUGGUGCAGGAACAACACCACCAAGAAAAGGUUCUCUACCUGCUCAGCCAAUUUCAGCAAAAAGAAGCAGCAGAGAAGAGAUUGGAGGAUUCGCUCAGUGAGCAGGAGAAACAGCUGCAAGAGCGACUCAAAUUCCAGGAGGAAGAGCUGGAGAAAAUGAGGGAGAUCUGUGAGAAGAACCAAGACCUUAUCCAUGAGAACGAUACUCUUAAACAGAAACUGUUGCUCCUCCAAGUUGCCAGUGGACAAAGGCUCCACCGUGUUCUCCAAAUGCAGUCCGAGUCCUCAGAUUCUUCCUUUGAUUAUAUUCCACCCAAGCCCAAGACUCGCCGGCAGACGACAGCAAGACCCCGAGCACCGACCCCAGAAAUGGACGUGAAAGAGCUGUUCUCCGACUCGGAGGAAUCUGGAGCGGAGCUGGAGGAUGCGGACUGGGUUCCAGUAAAAGCAGUUAAAGGAACAAAGAAAAGCACAGCGGGGUGCUCCUGCAAGGGCCGCUGUGGGAACAGGCAGUGCGGCUGGCGGCGGCAGAAGAUGGGCUGCACCGAGGGCUGCAGCUGUGACUUGGCGAGGUGCAGGAACCGAGAGCCCAGCACCCCGGAUCCCGCACUGUGUCAGGACCAAACAAAGGCCUCUGAAAUUCCCUUCAAACUCGAAGACCCCACUGAAGUGACCCCAGGAGAGAGCUUCUUCCAGGCUGUGUACGUCACGCCGACCAAAAAGGUCCUGAAAGAUAACACAGACCAAGAUUUGCUCCUGAAGAAACCCAGCGCUGCGGCUGCUGCUUCCCUGCUCGUGACGGACGAGGAAUCCCGAGAGAACCAGGCGCCGUUUGUGAAGAGAAAGAAGAGGAUGCUGAGCAGCAACACCAGCUUCUUCUCGGGCUGUACUCCCAUUAAAGAGGAGCUGGAUGCUCUGUGA